AUGGAUGUGAGUCCUGAGACUAAACUUAGUAGCAGACAAUCCCCAGUUGGUUACAAGAGCUUUGAGGGCUUACCUCAGUUGACUGUGGAUGACACAUUGACCAAAGGGCAAAAUGGGAACUUUCAGAAUGAGCAUAACCGAAACACAGGACUCCAUGGCCAUGGUGGCCUCAGUCCUGCUCCAGACCUCAGCAGUCUCCCAAAAGAAUUGCCCCUGAGACAUCUAGCCUCUGGGAGCCAGCACCCUAACCUGGCUGAUCUAAGCUUGUCCUCCUUUAGAGAGAUGGAUAAGGACCUGCUGUCUGGGGGACCAAGUAGGUGUGGCCCUUGGCAGGAUGCCAUCAUACCCAUCUAUGCUGCUUCUCUCAUCAUUGCCAUAGCAGUCACCACCGCUAUGGUCCUGCAGAUUUAUCUAGGGACAAAUGAGGUCUUCAGAGGGAGUGUGUUGGUGACAGACCAUGAACACUGUACAGAGCUUGGUCGUAGGGUGCUGAAUGAUCAAGGCUCCAGUGUGGAUUCUGCCAUUGUUGCCACCCUGUGCCUGGGAAUAGUCCAUCCACAUGCGUCAGGUAUUGGCGGGGGAGGGGUGAUGCUGGUUCAUGACAUCCGGAAGAAUAUUAGGAAGGUGAUUAAUUUCCAGGAAACGGCACCCUCUGGAAUCAAUGAGGAGAUCCUGCAAAUUGACCCAGAGCUAAAGCCAGGUCUGAUUGUAGGUGUGCCAGGCUUGCUCAGAGGGUUGUACCAAGCCCAUAAACUGUAUGGAAGACUGUCAUGGGAGGAUAUCGUCACCAGGGCUGCCAAUGUAGCCAGAGAUGGCUUUAAUGUGUCUCACAGACUUGCAGAGGCCAUAACCAAGGUGAAAGGUCAGAAUAUGUCAUUGCGCUUCAGGGACAUGUUCUUGCCAAGAGGCCAUGCUCUGUCCCUCGGCUCUCUUAUGAAAACACCAAGUCUGGCUGCUGUCCUGGAGGCUGGGGUAUCAGAAUUCUACAGUGGGACUCUAACACAGGAAAUGGCCAGUGAGGUGCAAGAAAAUGGAGGAAUUCUAACCAAGGAGGAUCUCAGCAACUAUAGUGCAGUCAUAGAGCAGCCAAUUGAAGGCCUGUAUCAGGGAUUUCGAGUUCUAGUGCCGCCUCCCCCUUCUAUUGGUGCUGCUCUGAUCUCAGCCCUCAACAUUUUGGAGGACUUCCACCUCAAUGGGAAUGGUACAACGUAUAGCGCAAACCACUGGAUUGCUGAGUCACUGAAAGCGGCCCUGACUAUGGCCAGUGGGCUCGGAGACCCUGUGUAUACCCCAUCAGUUUCUGCACUCAUCUCCAAGAUGCUAAGCAAGCCACAGGCUGUAGUGCUCCGUCAGUUGAUCAGUGACUCGCAGGCAUCUCCUCCCAGACACUACUCUACUGUCUAUGACCUGCCGAGUGGAGCUGUGGCCAGCCAGGUGGUCGUGAUGGGUCCCGAUGACAUCAUUGUGUCUGUCACCAGCUCACUGAACAGGCCCUUUGGAAGUAGAAUUUUAACCCCUUCAGGCAUUCUCCUGAACAGCCAGAUCUUGGACUUCUCCUGGCCAAUUAAAACCCAGGGACUGUUAAUAUCGAACCUGACGAACAGGGUCCAGCCAGGCAAGCGGCCUCUGUCAUUUAUUAUGCCAACAAUUGUGAUACCAUCUCUAGGUAAAUGUGGAUCCUAUGUGGCCCUGGGAUCUUCUAAUGGAGAGCACAGCCUCAGUGGUGUCACCCAGGUCUUGAUUAAUAUUUUGUCAUAUAACAAAAAUCUGAAUGAUAGCAUAUCACUGGGACGACUCCAUCCCCAACUUCAGCCGAGCAGACUCCUGGUGGACUCUGAGUUCCUGGAGGAGGAUGUGAAGGUGUUGCGUCUGAAAGGACACGCUGUCUACAGGGUGGGGCUGCUGUCCCUGGUGCAUGGUGCCCAGAAAACCAACGACAUCAUUAGGGGCAUUGUUGAUCCUCGUGCUGUGGCUGGCUCUGCCUAG